GCCGCGACUGCAGGGGUCCCUCCUGCCCGCAGGACAUGGAUGCCGUGGAGCUCGCCAGAAAGCUGCAGGAGGAGGCCACCUGCGCCAUCUGCCUGGACUACUUCACGGACCCGGUGAUGACCGCCUGCGGCCACAACUUCUGCCGCGAGUGCAUCCGGCUGACCUGGGAGAAGGCCAGAGGCAAGAAGGGGCGGCGCAAGCGCAGGGACUCCUUCCCCUGCCCCGAGUGCCGCGAGCUGUCCCCCCAGAGGAACCUGCGACCCAACCGCCUGCUGACCAAGGUGGCGGAGAUGGCGCGGCAGCACCCGUGCCCGCAGCGCGGCGACCUGUGCCAGACGCACCAGGAGCCGCUCAAGCUGUACUGCGAGGACGACCGGAGCCCCAUCUGCGUGGUGUGCAGGGAGUCCCGGGAGCACCGUCCGCACAGGGUGCUCCCCGUGGAAGAGGCCGCGCAGGAGCACAAGGCAAGGCUGGAGGAGGACGUGGCCAGCCUGCGGGCGGAGGUGGCCAAGACAGGGGCGCUGCGGGCGCAGGAGGAGCAGAGCCUGGUGGACUGGCAGGAGCUGGUGCAGGCGCGGCGGCGGCGCAUCCUGGCAGAGUUCGAGAAGGUGCGGCUCCUGCUGGUGGACGAGCAGCAGCGGCUCCUCCGGGCCCUGAAGGAGGAGGAGGCCGAGACAGCAGGGCGGCUGCAGGGGCGCAGGGCCGCGCUGGCCCAGCAGGGCCUCACGCUGGAGCUGCUGCUGCAGCAGCUGGAGGACCUGGGCGGGCGGACCCCGCUGCAGCUGCUGCAGGCCAUGAAGGACCCACCGAGCAGGAAGAGCAGCGCGCCGGUGCAGUACCCAGAGGCCACGCCCGCACUGCUAAGGACCGUCUGCAGGGUCCCGGGGCAGAUCGAGGUGCUCAAGACCUUCCAAGGUAAGCGCCCGUGCUCCCAGCCAGGCUGUGGCCCUCAGGGACCCGCUCCUGGAGCCGCGGAGACACUGUGCGCCCAGCCCCGGCCCCAAGCAGUCUCCCUGGGCUCAGCCACGUGGGCAGUCUGGGGUUCAGGGAGUGAGGCGGGUGGCCCUGCUAGGGUCCUCCCCGCAGGCCCUGAAGGCCUCCCCCUGCCCGCCCCACGCCCGCACGCAGAGGACGUGCUGCCCGACCCGGCCACGGCGUACCCCUACCUUCUCCUGUACGAGAGCCGCCAGCGGCGCUACCUGAGCACCCCUCCGGACGGCGUGCCCUGCAGCCGCGACAGGUUCCUGGCCUACCCCUGCGCCGUGGGCCGCGAGGCCUUCUCCUCCGGGAGGCACUACUGGGAGGUGGGCAUGAACCUGACCGGCGAGGCCCUGUGGGCCCUGGGCGUGUGCAGGGACAACGUGAGCCGCCGGGACAGGGUCCCCAAGCGCCCCGAGAACGGGUUCUGGGUGGUGCAGCUUUCCAAGGGGAAGCGCCAGGAGCCUGUGGCACCCGCCCCGACCCCCGUCACACUGACGGAGCCCCCCAGCCACGUGGGCGUCUUCCUGGACUUCGAGGCGGGCGAGGUCUCCUUCUACAACCUGCGGGACGGCUCCCACCUGCACACCUACGCCCAGGCGGCCUUCCCCGGGCCGCUGCAGCCCUUCUUCUGCCUCGGCACCCCCAAGUCGGGCCAGAUGGUCAUCUCCACCGUGACGCUGUGGGUGAAGGGCUGAGGGCUCAGGCCGGGGCCCGGCCCCCUGCUGCGGCCCCGGGACGUGCAGCCCGCAGGGGGGCCACGAGCAGCCCCCCAGAUUCACGAUUAAAGCACUUGCAUGUGAGAGGCCGGCCUCGGGUCAGA